UGUAGCUGUAACGAUCGGUUUACUUUGCACGAUGAUGGCCAUAACUGUACAGAUGUUAACGAAUGUGAUAUAGCAAAUGGUGGAUGUGAGCACAACUGUACAAAUACUAACGGAUCAUACGAAUGUAGCUGUAACACUGGAUUUGCUUUGCACGAUGAUGGCCAUAACUGUACAGAUGUGAACGAAUGUGAUACAGCGAAUGGUGGAUGUACGCAAAUCUGCUCAAAUAAUGUCGGAUCAUUCGUUUGCAGCUGUCUCGAUGGGUUCUCUUUGCAGGACGGCAAUGCAUGCAUAUAUCAGAAGUUGACCUUAGCAGGAGAAGGCGGUCGGGAUAUUAUUCUUGGUGUAUAUGAGUUGCAAGAGGAAAGGAAUGAUGGUCGUGUAGUUUAUAAAUAUGACGUUUUCUAUCUAUAUUAUUUGAUUUCGUUUGGCGACUGGAAUAUAGCAACAAAUCUUGGAAGCACUUCAGUCCAUGGUUAUUUUACCGAUGAAGUCCCUCAAACUCAAUAUCCGGAAGAUUUACAGAGUCAUAUGGAAGUAUCUGAUGGGUACGGAUUCGUAGAUUCUACUUACGUGAUAACACCAUACACAGGGGAUGCUGGACCGUAAUUCUACAUCCCGAUGAAUAAACCAUGGGGGUACACGUGGGGAUGCAUUAGCUGCGGCAUUACUCAUUCAUUUACCAAAUUCCCUCUGAAAAUCAUGUUUACACAACACCACUCUUUACAUACCCACUGAGGAGUAACGUGAUGCAAUUUUUGCAUCAAAAAGUUGUCUUAAAAUGCAGUAUGUUUUGUCACAUCCUGUU